AUGCCAAAAGCCAAUCAAAAGUAUGACGAUAAUCACAUUUCAUACUUUCUAUUAAAGUACUUUGAAAAUGUCCAUACAAACGUUCAAAUUACCUAUCCUUCUCCUUUGAAUUCUUAUGGACUAUUAGGAUCAACUGACACGAAACUAAACUCCAACACUUUGCCUGCUCCACAUUUAAAUGACUUUUUAUUGUUUGCACUUGGCAAGCAAGGUAAAGUUGCCAUGCCACUCCUCAUCAAUUACACAUUCGAUGAAAAGACAGGAGAACUGGAUGGUCAUUGGAUUGUAUUAUUGAAGAGGGAGGAUGAUUCCUUUCUACUCUAUGAUCCAAGCCACUUUAUUGCCAUUCCUCAAUUUUAUAAUAUUCAGGUGGAAUAUGGUGAUCAAAGUGAUGGUUUUAAUUGUGGAACGUUUGUUGUUGAAAGAAUCAAACAAUUCUAUUGUCCUUCUGUUGUUGGAAUGCCAAAGGCGAGAACCAUUGCAGCAGCAAGAGCUGCACAUGCCAAAACUGGAUUGAAUUUCAAUUUUUCUCCACUCAUUCAAGGAUCAGGUGGUGGAGGUUUAGGUGAAGAAAAUGAUUCUUGUUGGUCCAAAGAUAUUACAUUGAGAGGAGAUCAAGCAUCUUCAAUCAAAGAGGCAGUGUUUGAGAAACAGUUUGGUGUCUUUACCAUUAACUCUGAUGAUACACUUGGUAUAUCCAAAACAACUAUUCAAUUUCCGCCAUAUUUUACAUUACAGAGCUACUCUUACAACACAUUUAAACGUGUUAAAAGAAGAGUUGUUUGGGGACAAGAUAUUGCAUCCAACGGAUUGAAUGUGAGUGGACUUUCCAUUAAAAACAUUAUUGAACUCGGUUUCCUCCCAGAAGAUGUGAAUAGACCAACUGGCUGCUUGGCUAUUACUGGUCUCAACACUAAAACAAACACCACUGAAUUAAUAUCCAUACAAAUCAAGUCAAAGCAACAUAAUGGCAACUCCUGUAGAAGUUUAAUUACAAGAAUUGACCAUCCAUUUGGCUCUCAUGAUUGUACUGAAACAAAUGAAACAAACAAAAAACCGAAUAACGAAGACAACCCAUCCAAGUCAAAGAAAACACCAAACAAAAGAAAGAACACCAGAAAAGAAAAUGCUGAAAAACCAAAGAAAAUCAAAACAAGUCAUCAACAUGAGAUAAUUCCUACUACCACCAAUACUAUGAACACCUUCCAAACAGAGCCAUUCCAAAACGGUACAAACCUUACUGUCUUUUGCAACUUCCAAAAUGCAAAUCCUACUCCAUUGAAAAGCAAGCCGUCUACGACUGCUUACAAAAUGAAUCAGGAAAAUAUGCAUUACCAAGUUGCAAAUGACAAUCCAGUAAGUUUUCUUUCCCUCUUGAAUAAUGGAACUGUUAAUGGAAGAAAUGAAACUGAGAAUGAAAUUAAGCAAAAGGAAAAUAAUAGAACAGAUGAUAACUUUUUUGAUGAUUACUUUGAAGAUUCUGAUUGA